AUGGAGAAGUUAUUUGUAUUGCUGACAAUUGCAUGCUUCCUCAGCGCCAAUUCAUGUGUACGCGGAAUCGGUGUGAACUAUGGGUUUCUAGGGGACAAUCUCCCAACACCAGCUAACGUUGUUGCUCUGCUGAAAUCAAGAAAUAUUAACAAAAUCAGAAUUUUUGAACCGAAAGCGGACGUUCUGACUGCGUUAGGGGGUUCGGGAAUAGAAGUUAUACUCGGGGUUCGGAACGAAAAUCUUGAAGAACUUGCCUCUGAUGCAACUGCCGCCGCCCGAUGGGUCAAUAUCAACGUUACGCCGUAUAAAUCAUCGGUGAAGUUCACAUGCAUAACAGCAGGCAAUGAAGUCAUUCCAGGAUCAUUAGCAGGAAAUGUACUAAGUGCAAUGCAAAACCUAGAUGCCGCCCUAAAUGCUGCAAACAGUCCCAUACCAGUUAGUACUGCAGUUUCAAUGCAAAUACUGGGUACAUCUUUUCCUCCAUCCAACAGCAAAUUUUCAGAUGAAGUAGCAAAUAUAAUGCGAGGUAUUACAGGGUUUUUAGCAGCAAAAAAGUUCCCCCUUUUACUCAAUGCAUAUCCAUUCUUUGCACGUACGGGAGAUCCCAGUAAUGUGCCGUUGGACUUUGCUCUUUUUGCCGGCAAUCCAACCGGAAUAAAUGACGAUUCACUCCACUAUGCGAACCUUUUCGACGCCAUGGUCGAUUCGGUGUAUUCUGCAUUGGAGAAGGCUGGUGGAUCCACUGUCGAUAUUGUCAUAUCGGAAACUGGGUGGCCGAGUGCCGGAAACACUGAUGCGACGGUGGACAAUGCACAAACUUAUGUAAAUAAUUUGAUUUCUCAUGUGACAUCUGGAAAAGGAACGCCUGGGAGACCUGGAAAAACAUUGGAAACUUACAUUUUUGCUCUGUUCAAUGAAAAUCAAAAGUCUGCUGGGGUUGAGAUGAAUUUCGGUCUAUAUCAUCCCGAUAUGACUGAAGUUUAUCAUGUCAAUUUUCCAGCCUAG